AAAAAUAAAGGCCACUACGUGGCACUGCCAGCUCACCACCUGUUUCAUUGAGCACCCCCAACCCUCGCUCCUGCUUCUUCAUGCCUUGUUGACAAAUGUGGGUCUAGUGAGACCUUACAGAGUAGAAGAAAAAUUCAUUAAUAUUUUCCUCACCAUGAGAAUUCACCAUCAUAUUAAAAUAUUUAACAGAAACUUAAGAAAAAGAAAGAGCAUAGAGAGCAGUCAUCUACAUACAAAGAAAAACUGAAAACUUCAAAAGAAGAAUACCAGCGACUGCUGGCAGAAUUUAGCAAUUCUGAUUUGAGCAGCAUAUCUGAUGAUGAUGACUGGCCUUCAUCCCCAGUCCGGCGGAGAGAACUCUUUCCCGAGCUGUGUGCCAACACUGAGAGUACAGCAUCUGAGUCUGAUGAAGAGAGCAACGGAAAUGCUAGAAGGCCCCCCGAAGUUACAAGUAGCACUGAAGUUACAAGAAGCACUACAGCUGCACAGACUGGACCCAGGAGAAAUCUCAAUACUAAUGAAUGUUAUUUUUUCAGGAAAAAUAUAAACUUCAAUCACAGAUUUAUUGUAGAUGUUGAUAAUCAUUCUCAGGGAACUAAUUCUCAAUCCACAGUUCUCUCCCCUGUAGAUUAUUUCAUGGCUUACCUCUCAGCUGAAAUUUUAGAUGCCUUGACUCUAGAAACACAGAAAAAAUACAUGUCCAAGCAAGGAAAGCCAUUAUCUCUAACAGUAGUUCAAAUGAAAAAGUUAAUAGGAAUAAACUUCCUUAUGUCAGUAUUAAGAUUCCCUAGAAUUAAAAUGUACUGGCAAAAGAAGACAAGGAUUUCUUGUAUAGCUGAUGCCAUGAGUCGUGACAUGUUUUCAGUAAUCAGAGCUUCUCUGAAAGUCUUUGAUGAGAGUCUGUUGAAUGCAGCACAGAGGAAAUCAGACAAAUUUCAUAAGAUAAGACCACUCAUAGAUUGUGUUCGUUCACGCUGUUUGGAGUUAGACAGACCUCAGAAUGUCUCAGUUGAUGAAAUGAUCAUUCCGUUUACAGGCAGAACAAACCUUAAGCAAUUUACACCUCGGAAACCAAACCCACAUGGACUAAAGAUCUUUGUUUUGGCUAGCAGUGAUGGCCAAGUCCUAGAUUUUGAGUUCUUCCAGGGUAAGGAAGACUUACUUUUGAGUGUGCAAAGAACUGGACUUCAUCUCCCAGAGUGGGAUAUCCUUAAGAUAGGAGAAGCUGCAGUCCUAAGAUUUGUAAAGUCAGUCAAUAGAGGGACUAGUUUCUUCUUUGAUAGGUUCUUUACUACAUCUAAGCUCUUAGAAAUUCUCUCGUCACUAGGAAUGGGAGCUACAGGGACAAUGAAGAAGAACCUCGUGCCAAGACAGUGUCGCCUGAAGACUGAGAAUCAGUUAAAGAGAUCUGGCAGAGGUUCCUCUGACUGUGCAGUGAGAGAUGAUUCUGCUUUUUGUAUAACAGUAUGGUUUGACAAAAAACCUAUCAUCCUAGCAUCUAAUGAACAUAUUAUUCAGCCAGUAUCUACUUGUCAGAGGUGGUGUAAAAAAGAAAAACGCCACUUAGAGGUGCACCGUCCUAGGGUAGUUGAACUAUACAACUCAAAGAUGGGAGGCGUUGAUAUUAUUGACCAGGUCAUUAGCUAUUACAGAAGUGCAACACGUUCUGCAAAAUUCACUGUUCGGGCAAUGUUGCAUCUUUUGGACCUCUCUUGUGCAAAUGCAUGGUUAGAGUACAGAAAAGAUUGUGAAAAAAACAAUUCUGUAGCCAUGGACAGUAUGGAUUUUAAAUUAGAAAUAGCUUAUUCAUUGAUUUCUGAAGAUGUGCUAAAUGAUGACAACAGUGAGUCUGAGAUAUCAGAGGGGCGUGCUGACAUUUCUGGAAAAAGAACAAGGCCCCUCCCCACUGCUGCAAAGCGUACUAACAGUGCAUGCCAUAUGCCUGAUGCAUUACCUCCUUAUGCGUCUAGAAUGAGAUGUCGAUAUCCAGGGUGCAAUGAGAGGACUAAGUUUUCUUGCAAAAGUUGCAAAAUUUUUCUUUGUCUUUCAUAUGAAAGAAACUGUUAUUCUCUUUUCCAUUUGCCAUGAAAUAUUUGACAAUUAAGUUUAUAAAUUAGAAUGUUUCUGUUAAUGAAGAAGUAUGAAAAAAAUAGUUUCUUUUCAUUAAAGAUUUGAAGAGUUGAUAAAUAUUCCCACAUUUCUACUAGGAUGCACUGCAACCAAUUUAAUGAAUGUUAAAUAUUUGUUUUAAUGAAAAAUGUCUUGCACUGAAGUUGAAUUUGUGAUUUUUCGUUAGUGAAAGUUUUUGUGAGUAAUAAAAAUUAUACCUCAGCAUUGAUUUUUGAUGUGAGACUUAAUCUUAAGGAAAAGAAAUAUAUUCUUAUUUUCUUAUAUUCCAAAUGUAUAACAAGGAAUGUACCUGGAAUUAUCAGAUUUGUAUUUUUUCUAAGAGGGAUAAUAAAUAUAUUGUCAAUUUACACAGUUAUUUCAUUGCAACGUCAGUUUUUUGUCUAAAAUUCUACUUUGCGGACAUGCUAGAGCCCCGACGGAACAAAUUUGGGCCAAAAUUUAAAGGUCAAUAUCUCGGGAACUACUUAUGAUACACAUCUAAAAAUAUGUUUGUAGCCUUUUUAGGCCAUGACAAAUACGUUGCUAAAAUAUCAUAAAAAUCUAAAGUAAAAAA